UUAGGAUUUACAAUUUGCACGAACCAGCACUUCCUCUCUUCUCAAUCUCUUACUUUCAUAGUUCAGUCUCAGUAAAGUUUUUCUCGCAACAGCAAAAAUGGGGAAGACUCACGGAAUGGGAGGUGGUCGUAAGUUGAGAACACACCGCAGGAGGCAGAGGUGGGCUGACAAGGCAUAUAAGAAGUCCAAUCUGGGAAAUGAAUGGAAGAAACCAUUUGCUGGAUCAUCACAUGCCAAAAGCAUAGUUCUUAAGAAAAUUGGCAUUGAAGCUAAGCAGCCUAACUCUGCUAUCUGAAAAUGUGCUCGUGUUCAGCUGAUCAAGAAUGGGAAAAAUUGCUGCUUUUGUACCCAAUGAUGGUUGCUUAAACUAAAUUGAGGAGAAUGAUGAGGUUUUGAUUGCAGGAUUUGGACGAAAAGGGCAUGCUGUGGGAGAUAUUCCUGGAGUCAGGUUCAAGGUUGUUAAGGAAGAUUCAUGGAAUGGGAGCUAGUCGUAAGUUGAGAACCCACCGCAGGAGGCAGAUGUGGGCUGACAGGGCAUAUAAGAAGUCCAAUCUGGGAAAUGAAUGGAAGAAACCAUUUGCUAGAUCAUCACAUACCCAAGGCAUAGUUCUUGAGAAAAUUGGCAUUGAAGCUAAGCAGCCUAACUCUGCUAUCCGAAAAUGUGCUCGUGUUCAGCUGAUCAAGAAUGGGAAGAAAAUUGCUGCUUUUGUACCCAAUGAUGGUUGCUUAAACUACAUUGAGGAGAAUGAUGAGGUUUUGAUUGCAGGAUUUGGACGAAAAGGGCAUGCUGUGGGAGAUAUUCCUGGAGUCAGGUUCAAGGUUGUUAAGGUAUGUGGUGUGUCACUUCUAGCUCUUUUCAAAGAGAAGAAGGAGAAGCCAAGGUCUUACGAUUACGGGAUGAGUUUAGCUUUCAUCAUGGUUUACCAAAUUUUUGUUUUCAUCAAAGUGGUAGUGCUUGGGAUUUGGAAUGAAGGAUUUUGUGAACCAUUUUUCGUUUAUCAUCUAAAGUGAAAAUUUUGAUUAAUUGAGUGGUUUACAGCUUUUUAACUUUGAUGAUAUCAUGGAUGAAUGAUGCAGGCAUGCAAGUAUUGAAAUGUUGCUUGUAGUUUCCUGCAUUUGGCAUAGAAUACUGGUAUGCAAUAAUCAAUUAGUAAUUUGUAAAACAUUGCAUGAAUCUCCGCAAAUCAUUGCUUUAUAAAGCUGCGGGUUUCGGCGCAAUGGCUUGUGUCUCUUCGGGUGGGUUGACCCUGCAGGAUCCGGGUUCAAAUUCAGGCUUGUGUUUAAA